UAUAAAAUCAUGUGAAUAUUAUUCACAAAAUAAUAAUGAAUGGUCUUUUGUAACACCAAUGAGUCAGGAAAGGCAUGGUCUGUCACUGGUAGCACACAAUGGGUUUAUAUAUGCUAUCGGAGGUAUCAUUAAAGAUAAUAGUAUAUUAAAUACAAUGGAAAGAUAUGAUACAAAAACACAACAAUGGCAACCAAUGGCUAAUAUGACAAAUAAUAGAUGUUAUUUUGGUUCAGCAUCAUUUAUGGGCAAAAUAUAUGUUUGCGGCGGUUAUGGUAAUAGUAAUUAUAAAUCAUGCGAAACAUAUGAUCCAAAUACAAAUCAAUGGACACCAAUUGGUUGGUUAUUAAUGGUUACACAGAUUCGGUUGAAAUAUAUGAUUAUAAAGCGAAUCAAUGGUAUUAUACGACAUCAUUGCCAAUAA